AUGCUGGAAAAAUUUGACAUGAAACCUGUGAAUGGUAAAUUGGAUGUAACGACCCCAGCUCUCCCAAGACGACCCCAGCUCUCCCAAGACGGCCCCAGCUCUCCUAAGACGACACCCAGCUCCCCAAGACCAAGACGACCUCCAGCUCUCCCAAGACGACCCCAGCUCUCCAAAGACGACCCCCAGCUCUCCCAAGACGAACCCCCAGCUCUCAAAGACGACCCCAGCUCUCCCAAGACGACCCCCAGCUCUCCCAAGACGACUAGCUCUCCCAAGACACCCCAGCUCUCCCAAGACGACCCCAGCUCUCCCAAGACGACCCCAGCUCUCCCAAGACGACCCCCAGCUUUCCAAGACCCCCAGCUCUCCAAGACGACCCCAGCUCUCCAAGGACAGGCCCCAGCUCUCCAAAGACGGCCCCAGCUCUCCAAGACGACCCCCAGUUCUCCUAAGAUGACCCCAACUCUCCCAAGACCAAGACGACCUCCAGCUCUCCCAAGACGACCCCAGCUCUCCUAA